AUGUCUCGAAAACAUGCCAACACAGAACACACGACGACGUUUUGGAUGUCAGAUGGAUUUUCACCGUGUUCUCUUUACUACAAUAUGAACGUUCUGGGUUUACUCACCAGCCUGUACUGCAUAAUAUAUGUCGAUUGCUCCGUCAACCUUGCUUUGAGGAAGCCGACGCGACAGUCGAGUACGUACUCGCCGCCCUCGUUCAAAUUCGUCAGCAGGCUUGCAGUGGACGGAAAGAAGAACACGCAUUUAUCCGCCAAGUCGUGCUCCAAUACGCAGAGGGAACCCAACCAGUGGUGGGAAGUAGACCUGCGGGGAUACUACAGUGUCCACUCCGUCACACUAGUUAAUAGAGGAGACUGCUGUGGCAGCCAUUUGCGUGACUUCGUCAUAGAGACAUAUCUUGAAGACAGACUAAAGUUCCAAAACUCGUUCCCCAGCGUCUGUGCGACACAUAAGACUGCAGUAGGGCAAGGAGCCACCAAAUCGAUUCAAUGCGCCCCCUCAACCGUAGGGCGUUUCGUGAAGAUAACUCAUCAAGGAGCGGGACGCCCCCUGACGCUGUGUGAAGUGAUGGUGUAUGGGUCGGAAAUUUCGACCGCUGGUAUCGCCGCUGGUUUCCACGGUUCCCUCGGUACAAUGUGGAUCCCGGCCACCUCUGUUGGAGGGAAUUUCUCAUCUAACGUGGACUGUGGAGCCCUCUGCUACAACAGCGCCACGUGUCUGGGGUUCAACUACAACAGGGCGUUAUAGCAGUGUCAAUUGGCUUCUCCCAUUGGUACCACGGCUGUGGAGGCAGAGUCAUGGUGGUACUAUCGUCGAAUAGUACUGGCCCGUACUACAUGUACACGUGAUUGACAGUUCGGUCGGUCAACGCCCACUUUUCAAGAACAUU